UUAGCCAAUCGGUUGAUUGUUGCUGUACACAAUCUUCAAACUGGUAAAUUUAAAACAGGACAGGUAGAAACUGAAGGAACGUGUAAAAAGGACUCCGUUAGGUUUUUUUUUGCAUUUAUUUUAAUUUCAAACAUUAAUGUCAUCAGUGUAGCCAGCACCUUGCAACAGUAAAAUGUCGAGCGCAUUAAGAAGAGAAGAAAUACGCAAGGAUAUACCUGACAUAGUCAUUGAUCCUGGAAAUGGAAAAAGAUACUUGAAAGGCAGAUUUCUUGGCAAGGGUGGAUUUGCAAAAUGCUACGAAUUGACAGAUGCAGACACCAAAGAGAUAUUUGCAGGAAAAAUUGUUCCAAAGUCUCUACUUGUAAAACAGCAUCAGAAAGACAAGAUGACCCAGGAGAUUAGCAUUCAUCGCAGUGUUUCUCACAAACACAUUGUCAAGUUCCACUCUUUCUUUGAGGACAUGGAUAAUGUGUACAUUCUCCUGGAGCUGUGUCGUAGACGGUCUUUGAUGGAGCUGCACAAAAGAAGAAAAGCAGUGACAGAACCAGAGGCUCGCUACUUUGUCCGGCAGGUUAUUCUGGCAUGUCAAUAUCUUCACAACACCAAAAUCAUUCAUAGAGAUCUAAAACUAGGAAAUCUCUUCAUCAACGAUGAAAUGGAGGUGAAAAUUGGAGACUUUGGGUUGGCUACAAGAGUGGACUAUGAUGGAGAGAGAAAAAGAACAUUAUGUGGAACGCCAAACUACAUUGCACCAGAGGUGUUAGGGAAAAAGGGGCACAGUUUUGAAGUGGAUGUGUGGUCAUUGGGUUGUAUUCUGUACACUUUACUCGUGGGCAAACCUCCGUUCGAAACAUCAUGUCUCAAAGACACAUACAUGAAGAUAAAAAAGAAUGAGUACCACGUUCCUUCAAGAGUAAGUCUGCCUGCCAAAAACCUCAUCAUGAAAUUGCUCAAAGGAGACCCAACAGACAGGCCCAAUAUGGAAACUCUGUUAGAGGAGGAAUUCUUCCAUACAGGAUACCUCCCGCCCCGACUACCCACCAGCUGUUUGACCAUGGCCCCCAGGUUUGAUACGUUAGCUCGCUCUGAGGCACUGUCUCGACGUCCUCUGCUAGAAAUCAAUAGAGCAGAUGGAAAUUCUCGACCCCAGACGGCCCCAACUGACAUGAAGAAAGACGAUAAAUAUCCAGCAGAUUCGGAGGAAACUGAUGAGGGACGCAGGAAAGGAAGUGACGAACCUGCAGACUAUUAUUUGUCAGACCUCUUUGCCAUCCUUUCAACUGUGAUAGCAUCAAAACCGUCCGAAAAAAUUCAUGUUCAAGAAGAGGAGGCCGAGGACCCCGCAUCCAUUCCUAUCUACUGGGUCAGCAAGUGGGUCGACUACUCGGACAAGUAUGGGCUGGGCUACCAGCUGUGUGACAACAGUGUGGGGGUUCUCUUCAACGACUCCACUCGUCUCAUCCUCCUGGCUAACGGAGAAAAUAUUCAGUACAUUGAGAGAGACGGGACAGAACAUUACCACACACUGAAGGUGUUCCCAGAAACUCUGACCAAGAAAGUCACUCUGCUCAAGUACUUCAGGAACUACAUGAAUGAGCAUCUCCUCAAGGCCGGUGCCAACAUGACUCCUAGAGAGGGAGACGACAUGACUCGACUCCCGUUCCUCAGACACUGGUUCAGGACCAGGAGUGCCAUUGUUUUACACCUCAGUAACGGAACUCUACAGAUCAAUUUCUUUCAAGAUCACACAAAGAUUAUUCUGUGCCCACUAAUGCAAGCUGUGACAUACAUUGAUGAGAAGAGAGACUUCCAUAUAUUUAAACUUAGCGGAAUCGAAAAAUAUGGAUGCACACGGGAACUUGCCAGCAGACUUAGAUAUGCCAGAACAAUGGUGGAACGCCUCAUGACCUCUAAAUCAGGGUCAGGUCGCGUGAGAUCAGCCAACCCUUCCACUUCAUAGCUGGUAUAGCGACUGACAUUUGUGAUCAAGAUUUUGUAGUGCUGGGAAGAAAAAUGGUACUCAGUUCAGCUCAACUGUGAAUGAAGUGCCAGGAACGAGACUAUCAAAUAAAGUCUGAAGUCCAUCUCAGGAAGUUAAUGAAAAAAUACCGGCAGAAAGUAGUGAAUGAAAAUACCACCAAAAUACCAUCUGUGUUGACCAAAUUAUUUUAUGAAUGCUCUGUAUUUGUUAGAGCUUUUGAAUUUCUGACUGUACAAUUAUGGAUGUGAUUGAAAAUCUCAUUUUUGUACCUGUCUUUCAUGUGGUCCCUCAAAAAAUAUCACAUUUUGUUAUGUCUGAAGGUUUUAUUACAGCUGAGUAUUAUUGAGUGUUCCAUUGUAUUCAAAGUUCACAGUAGGUCUCAUGUAUAUGUGUAAAAGAAACUUUUUUUAGUUUUCAUAUAAUCAUGUUCAAAGGGAAAUAUUUUUAGAAAUCAUGUAUUUUGUGGUCCCUGAAUUAGUAGUGCUGAGUUGUCUUUCUUGGGUUGGUUUUGGUACGCAUGACUAGAGAUUUGUUUAAGUUUUGGUUGUUUACACCCCAUUCAUUCAGGUGCUUUGUUUGUUUUAAGUUGUUUUGUUGUCAUGAACUAAAGUUUUCUCAGAAACUUUUUACAGUACACAGAGCUACUUGUGAAAUAGAGAAAAUAGAAAUUUGAUGGACCAAACUGAUCAGAAAUUUUCUACAGGGAGACUGAGAACAGCGAAAGUGAUGUGUUCAGAUUGUACAUACUUAUUUGUAGAACUUGUGUACACCUAUUUAUAUUGACAUUGUAAACUAGAGAUGGCUGCCCAUAGCGCCCUGUGUUGUUACAAAGUGACGUUGCCAUUGUGGAUCAAAUCCUAGGAUCUGGUGGCGCUAUUUAAUUCUUCUCUCUUUCCUUUUCUCUCUAUCCUCAAAUGAGUCGGAUGUGUCAGCCCUGCAGUGACUGAGUGUGAAUUACUAGUAAACAUGCCGUGUAUUUUUGUGCCUAUUGAGAAACAAUUUACAGGAUUGAUUUGGCUUCAUUUUUCACUUUUUAAGUUCACGUACAGUUUUGUUUCUUCUUUUUUAAUAUUAUUUUGGCAUCUGUCAGUUUAAGAAUUUUGUCGAUUUUGGAAAGAGAAAUCUGCCAAAAUGACAGCGAAGAUUUCUGUCGGCCAUGCUGAAUAUGAGACUUGUGACUGUUACAUUAUAGUGUGUAUGUACUGUAAACACCUAUGGAUGUGGAAUCUCGUCGCACACAAACUCACGCACUGAAUUGUUAUCAUAACCUGUUGAUUGUUAUUUCUGCUCCCACAUCUACUGGAAAUCUAUUUGAUCUGUUUGAAUUGGCCUUUUCUCAAAUUUCUCGUUUUCUGUCUAUCUCUCUCUCUCUUCUUGACUAAUGCUAUACAAUACAUGAUAUCAUGGUUAUCAAUAAAUGAUUCUACUAAUA